UGACUGGUUGACUUCAAAACUGAUGCAAAAAUUGAUGCGAAUUUGAUGACCGGAAAUAUAUGCAGGUUUUAUAAGACAACCAAAGUGGGGCCACCUCCGAGACUUACACAUGGCAAUAAAGCAGUGUGAAGAAUAUUUGGUGAAUGCGGACCCAAUUCAACAAACACUUGGUGUGAAUCUAGAGGCACAUAUCUACUAUAAGACCUCCAAUGACUGUGCAGCCUUUCUUGCCAACUAUGGCAGCAGUUCAGAUGCAAAUGUGACAUUUAAUGGAAAUUCGUAUUUCCUUCCUGCUUGGUCUGUGAGCAUUCUUCCAGAUUGUAGCAAUGUCAUAUUUAACACAGCAAAGGUGGUUUCUCAAAGAAGUCUUGGCGAUGGUGCAUUUGCUCGCAGUACAAGUGUCAGCGAGUUCUCAUUGGCAUCAUCAACAUGGAGUUGGUAUAAUGAAAAAGUGGGCGUGUGGGGUAGCAAUGCAUUUUCGGCAUCAAGUUUACUAGAGCAGAUAAAUACAACCAAAGAUACAAGCGAUUUUCUGUGGUACACAACAAGCAUAAAUGUGAAUGACAACAGUAAUCAUCUUCAAGCAAAAGAAGCCAUUUUGGUUAUUGAGAGCUUGGGACAUGCGGCUCUUGUUUUUGUUAACAAAAUACUUGUGGGAUUUGGUUAUGGUAAUCAUGAUGAUGCAAGCUUCGAAUUCAGUCAGAAAAUUAAUCUUAAUCAUGGUAACAACACAUUGGAUGUGUUGAGCAUGGUGGUUGGUGUACAGAACUAUGGGGCAUGGUUUGAUAUCCAAGGGGUAGGAAUUUUUUCCGUCAUUCUUGGUGAUCUGAAGAAUGCCAACCAAACUCUCUCUUCUACAGAAUGGACGUAUCAGGUUGGGCUCGAAGGGGAAUGCCUGGGACUUGAUAAUAUGAGUCUUGCGAACAGUUCUCUAUGGACACAGGGGAAUGCUGUACCGAUCAAUCAGAGUUUGACAUGGUACAAGGCUACAUUCCAAGCUCCUGAAGGGAAGGGUCCCUUAUCGCUGAAUCUUGCUAGCAUGGGGAAGGGUCAAGCAUGGGUUAAUGGGCAGAGUAUAGGGCGAUAUUGGCCUGCAUAUCUCUCGCCAUCAACUGGUUGCACUGAUAAAUGUGACUACAGGGGAACCUAUGAUGCAUCUAAAUGUCAAAAGAAGUGUGGUCAACCUGCUCAAACACUGUAUCAUAUACCACGCACUUGGGUACUUUCUGGUGAGAACCUACUUGUUCUCCACGAGGAGCUGGGUGGUGACCCUUCAAAGAUUUCUAUACUGACAAAAACUGGGCAAGAAAUAUGUGCACAUGUAUCCGAGGCCGAUCCUCCACCUUGUGAUUCUUGGAGACCACAAUUGGGUUUCAUGUCUCAAAGUCCUGAAGUUCGAUUGGCCUGUGAACAAGAGUGGCACAUUACUUCCAUUCAUUUUGCGAGCUUUGGAACUCCUAAAGGCAAUUGUGGCACACUCAGUCCAGGCAGUUGCCAUACCAAUGUGCUAUCCAUCGUUCAGCAGGCAUGCAUUGGCAAGCAAGGAUGUUCAAUUCCAGUAUCUACAGCUAACCUUGGAGACCCUUGUCCUGGAGUCUUGAAAAGCUUGGCAAUUCAAGCUCUCUGUAGUGGGUGAAAUUCCUCUCCUGCAUUUUUGGUUGGAGGACUCGGAUUGAUCAGUUUGUGUUGGCUAUUUCGUGCUACUCUUCGAAGGGUUUCAUGUCCUCUUCUACCAGUUAUGGUGUGGUCCUUUAACCUCUAUCUAGUGCUACUUGUAAUUAGUGCAAUAUAGCUUAUUGUUCUUAAAAUGGGGUUUCCAUAUCCUUACCUCCAUUGUCUUUUGAAUUGUUCAAAUCCUACUGAUAGUCCACUAUACCUGGAACUAUGAAAUACUCGAGAGUAAUGUUCUGUUUGAUAUGAUAGAAAAGAGGGAGGAUGAAAAGUUGGAAAGAUAAAUAAAACAUCAUGUUUGGUAGGGAAGGAAAGUAGGAAGAAUGAAAAAGUGGAUGGAUUAACUUUCUUUCAAACUCACAAAAUUCAAUCCCUCCAAAAUCGGAAGAA